CGAUACGUGGCCGCCGCCUGUUCCCGCUGAGGAGGCGCAGCAGCCGGAGAUGGCGGCGGUGCUGAACGCAGAGCGACUGGAGGUCUCUGUCGACGGCCUCACGCUAAGCCCAGACCCGGAGGAGCGGCCCGGUGCGGAGGGCGCUCCGCUACUGCCACCGCCGCUGCCGCCACCCUCACCUCCGGGGUCUGGCCGGGGCCUGGGCGACGCAGGGGAGCAGCCUGAGCCUGGGGAGGCGGCGGCUGGGGGCGCGGCGGAGGAGGCGCGGCGGCUGGAGCUGCACUGGGGCUUUGGCCUGGAGGAGCUGUACGGCCUGGCGCUGCGCUUCUUCAAAGAAAAAGAUGGAAAAGCAUUUCAUCCAACUUACGAAGAAAAACUAAAACUCGUGGCACUGCAUAAGCAGGUUCUUAUGGGUCCAUAUAAUCCAGACACUUGUCCUGAGGUUGGAUUCUUUGAUGUGUUGGGGAAUGAUAGGAGGAGAGAAUGGUCAGCCCUGGGAAACAUGUCAAAAGAAGAUGCCAUGGUAGAGUUUGUCAAGCUCCUAAAUAGAUGUUGCCAUCUCUUUUCAACAUAUGUUGCAUCCCACAAAAUAGAGAAGGAAGAGCAAGAAAAAAAAAGGAAGGAGGAGGAGGAGCGAAGGAGGCGUGAAGAGGAAGAAAGAGAGCGUCUACAAAAGGAGGAAGAGAAGCGUAGAAGAGAAGAAGAAGAAAGGCUUAGACGGGAGGAAGAGGAGAGGAGGCGAGUAGAAGAAGAGAGGCUUAGGUUGGAACAGCAAAAGCAGCAGAUAAUGGCAGCUUUAAACUCCCAGACUGCCGUGCAGUUCCAGCAGUAUGCAGCCCAGCAAUAUCCAGGGAACUACGAACAGCAGCAAAUUCUCAUCCGCCAGUUGCAGGAGCAGCACUAUCAGCAGUAUAUGCAGCAGUUGUAUCAAGUCCAGCUUGCACAGCAACAGGCAGCAUUACAGAAACAACAGGAGGUAGCAGUAGCUGGGGCUUGUUUGCCUACGUCAUCAAAAGUGAAUGCAGCUGUAACAAGUGAUAUGAUGUCAGUUAAUGGACAGGCCAGAACCCAUACUGACAACUCUAAGAAAGAACUGGAACCUGAAGCUGCAGAAGAAGCCUUGGAAAAUGGACCAAAAGACUCUCUUCCAGUAAUAGCAGCUCCAUCCAUGUGGACACGACCCCAGAUCAAAGACUUUAAAGAGAAGAUACGGCAGGAUGCUGAUUCUGUGAUUACAGUGGGCCGAGGAGAAGUGGUCACUGUUCGAGUACCUACCCAUGAAGAAGGAUCAUAUCUCUUUUGGGAGUUUGCUACAGACAAUUAUGACAUUGGGUUUGGGGUAUAUUUUGAAUGGACAGACUCUCCAAACACUGCUGUCAGCGUGCAUGUCAGUGAGUCCAGUGAUGACGACGAGGAAGAAGAAGAAAACAUCAGUAGUGAAGAAAAAGCCAAAAAGAAUGCCAACAAGCCUCUGCUGGAUGAGAUUGUGCCUGUGUACCGACGGGACUGUCACGAAGAAGUGUAUGCUGGCAGCCACCAGUAUCCAGGGAGAGGAGUCUAUCUCCUCAAGUUUGACAACUCCUACUCUUUAUGGAGGUCAAAAUCAGUCUACUACAGAGUCUAUUAUACUAGAUAAAAAUGUUAUUACAGAGUCUGGAGUCGGGUUGAGCAGAAGAUGGCAUUUAAUUUUGAAAAUUUCUUUUUGACUUUGUGGAGCAUUGGAGUCAUUGUUGAUUGAUUUGGUCUGAUGGUUUGUGAACUCUUGUUGGGAAUCAGGAUUUCCCUGAGACCCUUUAACAUUAAUACUUUGGGGCUAAAGGGAUCCCUCAGACUCAUCCAGCCCUUGGGCACUGACCAGCAGAGUCUCUAGUGGAUGCUGAAGUUACAUGAACUAUGUGUUAAAUCUCCAAAAUAAAACGUCCCAACGCUGACCCCACCCGGCUAAUGGUUAGUCCACUGCUGCCUGUUCUGUGUGUUUUAUGAGAGCCCAUACUCACAUUGCCCUCUGAUUUUGAAAUUUUUAUGUUAAGUAGGCUAUAUGUGAUGUAGCUGGCUUUGACUGAAGGUCACCAUUUUUGAAACCUUGAAAACUCAAGACCUUGCUGAUUAUAAUAGAAAAAGAAAUUAUCUCAAUUUGAUCUUAUUCUGAAUGACCCAGAUUAUUUUUGCUUCUGGUACAGUUGUUUAGUUCAGUUAUAUUAUAGAUCAUUAUUUUCUGAGAUAAUUUCAACCUAGAAUGUUCAAACCCAGUUGACAGUUGAUGUAUCAAGAUGCAUAGAACACCUCAAACAUCCUUCUCAGCGAGCCUCCACAAAUUUUUUUUCUCUUCAUCUCUUUUUCAGACUACCAGUAGCAAAGCAAAAUAAUUUUUGUCUUGAUUUGGCUUUAUAGAUCAUCUGAAAUUGGAACUGUUUUCUGCAUAACUGUACAGUUAGGGAUUUUGUAAAAUUAUAUUGACACCUACUGAAUUUGAAUAUUUAAAAUCAUUUUAAUAUAAUUUAGUGAUGGGGAAUAACAUUGCACUAAUAUGGAAAUCACUGCCAGAAACAGUCCAUUUUCAUUUUUGUUACUACUUAGGCACAAACCCUACAUGAUUCCUGUUUGGAAUUACUUACUACAGAGAAUUGGAAAUACACGUGCACAUGCUUAAAUUUUAUAGCUUUAAUCUGUAUUAUGUCUUUAUUGAUGAGAAGAGGUACAUCUUUGUUUUCCUCACCGAAAACAAGUAUGAAUUAGUUGCCUCAAAAUGUAUAUGUGAUUGUCUAGUCUAGAGAUUCUUGUUUUCAGAAGGGAGUGUAGUGUAGAUAGGAAAUCACAGAGAUGACAAUACACACACCAUUGUUAUUGUAGGUUGUUUUUGGAAUACUUAGAUUUUUUAAUUUCAAAUCAUAAAUCACUUCUUGUAGAAGGGUUUCUGUUGAUUAGCUGCAUUAUAUUCAGUUCACUGCACAAUGAGUUGUUUGUGUUUCUUACGUACUGCAUUUCUUUCUAUUUUUUAAUACCUGGUUUUGUACAUACCUAACUCUUUUCUCUUUUGAUUGUUCAAAAAUUGGAUUAUUUUCUCUUAAGCAUUGCUUAAUUUGUGUUUUUUUUAUUUUGAUUUGGAAGUAGUUCAUAGGUGUCCUCGCUGUUACAUCCAGAAUGUCUGUCAGGCUGUCCUUCAGCUCUCAUGUCCACAUAGCAUAGAAACUAUGGGGUGAGGCACUGCCUGGCUUUGUUUUUUUGUUUUUUUUAAUGAGAAAAAUACUGUAUUUAAAAUGUAAAAUAAACUUUUAAAAAGCAGGCACUAAUAUAUAUUUCUUCCAGGUUUUGAUUACAGAUUUUGUCCUUACACAUGUUAAAAUGAAUUACCUUCUGAAAAUACCAUUGUUCUUGGGAGCAGUAUGUUACUUUACAUAGCAGCAGCAGUUCCUGUCACUUGUCAUGUCAGAACAUUUUUGGUUUUAAACUUUUUUAUUGCCUUUGGCUGUUGAUUAGUACAGUACAAGUGCUAUUUCAAAAAGAUCUUGGAAUAAUAUAUAUAAUCAAUUAAAAUGUUUAUCUGU